AUGUCCUCUCCUGCUAUCGGGGCCAAGAAUAUGCUCAUUUCUCUGACAUUGGUAUUGGCCAGUACCAAUACCUACACUAAUGGUGUUAUAUCUCUUUUCAUUAUCUGUGGUAUUUGUUACCAAGAGGGAUACACCCUCCAGAGACUGAGGUAUCAUAAUGAAUCAGGCCUUAUGGCUGAAGUCCAUGUGAUAGGCCAGGUUACUGGAGCAAGUGGAUUUGGCAGAAGUUCCCUUUUCUGCAAGUGGACUCUACAGCUUGGUGGAGGGUGGAGAGUCAUUGAAGGACUGGCUGAAGGGCAGACCCAAGCAGAUUGCUCCGAGGUUGGCGAUACAGUCAGCUGGUGUCAUCCUGUUGAUAUUCAUUUAGCUACACGUGGUAUUCAGGGAUGGCCACGGCUAAUGGUUCAGGUUUACAGGCAAGAUGAUUUAGGUCGUUUUGACCUCUGUGGUUAUGGCAUUAUUCAUGUACCAAGUCGACCUGGACAUCACUCAGUCGACUGCCCUACUUGGAGACCGACAGGGACAUUUGCAGAGGAAUUAAGGCGAUCCUUCUUAGGUGGUGGACCACAGCUACUGUCUACGGAGUUUAUACAUUCUGGAUUAGAACGCUAUAGGUUGCGCACUAUACCAUCAGGCACUGUCCACUUCAACUUAGGGAUUAUCCUCAGGAACUUUGACAAGUAUGGAGUGAUGUACUAG